CACCCUGAUGCUGCGAGCCGAGAGGGAGCUCAGGGCUGGAGCCCAGCAAGACAAGGAGUCUCCGUCCAUACUGAUGAGGAGAGAGGACAGCUCAGCAAAAGGCAACAGACCAGUGGCCUCAGCCCCGGUGCCCGGAUCCCCCUGGUGUGUGGUCUGGACGGACGACGACCGGGUCUUCUUCUUCAACCCGACGAUGCAGCUGUCCGUCUGGGAGCGGCCCGGGGACCUGAGGAACCGCGGGGACCUCAACAGAAUCAUCGAGGACCCGCCGCACAAGCGCAAGCUGGAGGCCUCGGGAGACGACCACAGCGAUGGAUCGGGGUCUGAAGACAACAGCAGUGACCAAAGCGUGAAAACCAAGAGGAAUCGGACCGAAGGCCACGCCAGCCCGGAGCCAGAGGAGGCAGAACGGGGGGACAAGGCCGGGCAAACACCACCACCCCAGAUUCUCCUGCCCUUGGAGGAGCGUGUGACCCAUUUCCGAGACAUGCUCCUGGAGAGAGGGGUGUCAGCGUUUUCUACUUGGGAGAAAGAAUUACAUAAAAUUGUGUUUGACCCACGCUAUCUUCUGCUAAACUCUGAGGAACGAAAGCAGAUAUUUGAACAGUUUGUCAAGACAAGAAUAAAAGAAGAAUACAAGGAAAAGAAAAGUAAAUUGCUGCUAGCCAAAGAAGAAUUCAGAAAACUUCUAGAGGAAUCUAAAGUGUCACCCAGAACCACAUUUAAGGAAUUUGCUGAGAAAUACGGCCGGGAUCAGAGGUUUCGACUUGUGCAAAAACGGAAGGACCAGGAACAUUUUUUCAACCAAUUCAUACUUAUUCUUAAGAAACGGGACAAAGAAAACAGACUGAGACUGCGGAAAAUGAGAUGAGUUGGUGAAAAUUGCAGUAAGACAUGUGGGCCAGUGCUGAGGCUGCGAGAGAGGCUGGGAGAAGAUGCGGGAAGGACGGGGGCUCCCGGGGAAGGCCCUGAGCCAGGCCCACCGAGCCGGCGGAGCUGAUCUGGGGCACUGCGGGAUCGCGACUGUUUCAUAUUGAAGCUCUCUCUUUUGUACAACGUUCAGAGUUUGAUGCAUUUCUAAUUGCCGUGAUAGUCAACCCCUUAAUUGCUUUAAUUAUGCAAAUGACUUGUAAUAUACACAAAUUAUAAAUCCACUGCAGGUUUGUAAUUAAGCAGACACCGAUUCCAUCUAUAACAAUCUCAAGGCAAUUUCAUCAUUUAGGCCAAUUUCCUGAAACUUUUCUGGAAGUCUUUGUGGGUGACUUCAGUUUCCCAGGAGUCCAGUGGUGUUGGGAAUCCCUGCUCCAGUGUCCCGCAGUCUCGUCUCGGUCUGGUUUUCUGCAUCCUGUGAUCGGGUUUUCUUUGUAAAUCAUUGUGUAGCAUAGAUCACUUACAGAUUCCUAGGGGCGAUGGCCCCGCUCUGCUCAGAGGGGCGUCCGGGCCGCAGAAGGGAGACGUCUGUCUGUCAGAGGUCCUACUGAAACAAAGAAUUAUUUUGUACAAAAUCAUCAUAUUAAUACUUGAGUUAUUUUUAUCGUAUGCCCAGAGUGUGCAUGAGAUUUUUCUCAUCAUCUUUGUAUUAAAAAACUUAAAAUUUUUUAAAUUAAUAAAUAUUUUAAACCAGUGUGUUUUUGUGGCUAAGAUUUCCAAUGCAACCUUCAGCGGUAGAAUUGUGCUUCAACUACAUAGAUGCAGUAAAAUAUAUAUAAUUGCAGAUAGGAGCUGUGUAAGUACUCUUCAAACAAAUCUUGAUAGAAAACUUACUAGUUCAAGCAUGGAACAGUGCUUGAUAAACCUUCAACCGAUCAAUUAUAAGUCUUUAAAUUGUUGAACACCCAUUUAUUCAUUUCAAGACUAACAAGCCCCUGUUCAGACACAGUGUAUUUGCUAAGAGACACCCUCACACCUGCCUUCACCCUCGUGACCCACACAGUGACACUUUUGCUAUACAUGUUACAAUGUAACCUCUUCCUCAUGAUAUACUUUGGUCUUCACACCAGUAUAGUUAGCAAAUCACCUUCUAUGAUGGGUUAUUUCUAUGGGUGCCAACGCCAUUCUAUCUGUUUGCUUGCUUGCCUUGUUUUGUUUUUCCAAGUCUGUUCAACAGGUGAGUUUUCCUGAUAAUAUUUGUAAAAUUGGUAGGGAAUGUGUUUCUUAAAACCGUUGAUUCCCUUAGUGCGGGACACUGAUUACGUGCUUUGACUUGGCGGGCCUGGGCUGGGGGACCUGAUCAGCCCCUGGGGAGGGUGGUG